AUGUCUCAAUCCGCUCUCCUCAUCGGAGAAAUCACACACGCGCGCAAGGAGUGGCAGAGCAUAUCUUCUCUUCUGACUCUAAAGGCAAGAGAAUCGCAUCGCAGCGAAUUCAUUGCGAACUGCAAGGCCGGCAAGUAUGACGACGUGGUGGCUCUCUACCGGUCCAACAACUCCGUCAAGAUUACCGGUCCCUUCGAUGCAGAGAUGGUUGCGCUUCUCCCCAAGUCUCUGAAGUACAUCUGCCACAAUGGCGCGGGGUACGAUAACAUCGACGUCGCAGCUUGUACCGAGAGAAACAUUGCCGUGUCCAGCACACCCGUCGCAGUGAAUGAUGCGACGGCCGAUGUGGGCAUUUUCCUAAUGAUUGGAGCUCUGCGCCAGGCCCAUGUCCCAAUCACUGCUCUCCGGGAAGGAAAAUGGCAAGGCCCGAUCACCGCAGGAGGGCGGGAAUACCGAACCUCCCUGGGCCACGAUCCCAAGAACAAGGUUCUGGGAAUUUUGGGCAUGGGAGGUAUUGGCCGGGAAAUGGCUAUCCGAGCCAAGGCCUUCGGAAUGAAGAUUCAAUACCACAACCGAUCUCGUCUUCCGGCGGAUCUCGAAGCCGGCGCGACAUAUGUCUCCUUCGAUGAGCUACUUGCAAAUGCAGACGUGCUCAGUCUGAACCUGGCCCUGAACGCGUCAACACGCCACAUCAUCGGUGCCCCCGAGUUCGCCAAGAUGAAGGAUGGUGUGGUUAUUGUUAACACGGCGCGUGGUGCGCUCAUUGAUGAAAAGGCGCUGGUUGCUGCGCUUGAAUCUGGAAAGGUUCGCUCUGCUGGCCUUGAUGUUUAUGAAUGCGAGCCCCAAAUUGAGCCUGGCCUGGUCAGCAAUCCUAAUGUGAUGCUCUUGCCUCAUAUUGGUACUGCUACCUAUGAGACACAGAAGGAUAUGGAGAUUCUGGUGUUGGAUAACUUGCGAUUGGCUGUGGAGAAGGGAGAGUUGAUUACGCAGAUUCCUGAACAGAAGAAGUAG